AUGGCAGACCUAAUUCCCUCGUUGGAGUCGUUUCAAAUUUCAAAUCAGAAACUGAGAGAUGUUACAGACGAAUUUUUCAAAGUGACCUCCAGUAUAGAGUAUUCCAAAAUAGUAAAGUCAAACAACUUCUCUCUCUUACAUGGAACACACGCAUUAGAACUGUUGAAUACACGGCUGGAUACAUUUUUGCUGCAAAAAGCAGAGUACUCCAUUGCCAAGGACUUAGAUCUUACGGAGGCAACUUCGAUUAUUUCAGCCCAAUUAAAAUGUUUAACCUGCUGGCUAGGGCAAAAUGUCGGAGUGCCAAACAGUCUGCUCUCAUCAGAAUAUAUUUCCCGAAUACUAGAAAGCUAUACAAAAUGUGGAAACUUUGAAAGCAUACCACUGCGUGAUGACAGUUGGAGGACUGUUGUUUUCAAAUUUUCCAUCUUAAUGAUCUCAACGGCCAAAUUCAUUCUCAAUCUAGCCUUGAAAUCGCAAAUAUACGAGGAUGAAGAUAUCAACACAAACACCAUGAACCUGAACUGGUUUUUCGAGCUUUCGAACAACGAUAUCUUUAAGCUGACGCUAGUUUCGAAUAAGACUUGGACUUCCUUGAAAUCGCAACUAUCAACAGCAGAAGAUGCAAAAUAUUUUGACUUUAUCAAAAAUGCUUUUCAAAUACUGCAGACACUAUCGAGUUUGGAUUCAAUGUUCCAAUGGGAGAUACCAUUGUUCAAUGUCAAUCAGUCCCAUAAAGAUUUUCUAGUCAAGUUUAACAACAAGCUGGUUCAAAUGGAAAAGAUUGUCGAAAAACUCGAUGGGAUUGACCUGCUCGAUAUGGAUUCGAUUCAACCACCAGUUGGAUCUUUCAAUUCCAAUGCACAGAUAGAUUUUGAUAAUCAAUCCCCACCAAAAGAACUACAAAUACUUCAAUCAUCCUGGAAUGACUGUACAUUGAAUUUGACCCAGCUUUUUAAUGACCUGAUUGACGUCAUGAAUAUAUUGAAAUCCAAAAACAUCAUAGAAUUUGUCGAAUGGUUAAAACACCUGGAAAGCAAAAGGAACAACACAGACUCGAAUGAGAUAAAUGGUCUGCAUAUCAUUGCCAGAAUUGUAUUUUACUCGUUGAUUAACAGUAAUCAAACCCCUGAUUCUAAUCCGAUUUUCAACAUCAAGAAUUUGACAUUCAAAGAUCUUUUCUGGACUUACAUGAAGGAUUUUGCGUUAAAAAAUUCAAAAAUCGACAAAGAAAUGAGUUCUAAUAAGAGGAAUAAGAAUGUGGCGGUUUUGGAGCAAGUGGACUACUACCUGGAUGCAAUUUCGUUAUUUUGGAAAGAGUCUGUCAUGUUACCUACUUUGAAUCCAUCGAGACAACGACAAUUCAAAUGCAAGGAGCUGAAAUAUUGGAAUAUGAGACAAUCUGAGACUGGUUCUCUUGAAGAUUAUUUCAUAAACUUGAACUUCUAUAAAGCAAACGAAAAAGUUUAUCCGUUGACCUUCAUCAUCAUUUAUUUCAAAUUGAAAGCUAUUUCUGAGGUUAUUUUGAAGAGCAUUGAGUUGAGCUUGUUUAAAGACGUUAGAGAGUAUGUGUCCGUCUACUAUCAGUUGAUUUUGAUCUCCUCUCAACUCAACCAACAAAUCAGCGACUUGAUUCUUAUGGCAAAUACAAACAAAAACAACGACAGUGUACUUUACUUGAGUUUUCUUAAAAACGAGAAUAACUUGAUUUACCAAUUGUCAAUUCUGAAAGCUAAACAGUUCGAGAUGUUAUCAUUUCUAGGUUUCAAUACCUUACCCCCUAAUCUUAUUCAGACUCCAAUGAUUAAUCCUGAACUGCUUUACAAACUACAAUGGAAGCAAUUCCAUAAUAUCACAGAUCCAGAAAUGCUUAACUUCAAGGAAUUCCAGGAUAGAUUACAUCAGAGUGUAACUCUGAUCUCAGAUGUUAGCACCUUUGUGCCUAUUCUGAAGCAAGAAAUGAACGGACUGGUGAAUGAAUUCACUAAAUCGGCCAAUUUGUGCAAUGCAUUGGUUGGGAAAAUGAGGUGGUUUGAAGAAUUGAAAGAUGUUAAGGCAUUAAAAUUUGACAAAUUGCUAGAGGAGUUGGCCAAAUCCAAGCUAGAUACUACAGAACUAUUAGAGUUUGUCAAAUUAAAAGGCAAGGAUACUGUAACUAAGGAUUACGUGGUCAACAUUGUGCGACUGGGAAGGUACAGUUGUUUCCCGGGAGUGAAACUAAGCAAAAAGAAUUGA